ACAUCAAACAAUUAGGAAUGAUUACCACAGCAACCUUAAACAAGCGAUUACCUAUAUUUACAACCUCAGUGUGCAGAUAUGCCCUGACAUUAGCUCAACAGCACCCACCUCCUGCUAAUGACCCAAAAACAAGUAUUUUUGAUAUCAGCACCAAAGUUUAUAAAGAAACAGACAUCGAAAAGCAUAAUGAUACAAAGUUUAUUACUCAUCCAAUCUUUCCCCACCCUUCAUUCCCACAAGAAGAAUGUGAAAAGGUUAUGUUUGAACAUCGUGAACCAAAGACUUUAGGUGAUAAGAUUUCCUAUCAUGGUAUGAGAUUUUGUCGUAGUGCUUUUGAUAAAGUUACUGGAUACAAGAAAUUAUCUGGUACUGAUAUUCGUGAGCAUGAUGGUACUAGAUAUGAAAUGACAGAAGGGAAAUGGUUAACUAGAGUUAUAUUUUUAGAAUCUAUUGCUGGUGUGCCUGGUUUUGUGGCUUCAUUUAUCCGUCAUUUACACUCGUUACGUCUUUUGAAAAGAGACAAGGCUUGGAUAGAAACUUUAUUGGAUGAGGCUUAUAAUGAAAGAAUGCAUUUGCUUACCUUCAUUAAGUUGGGAAAGCCUAGUUGGUUUACCAGAUCAAUUAUCUAUGCUGGACAAGGGGUAUUUGCGAACAUCUUUUUCUUGUGUUACUUGGCCAACCCAAGAUUUUGCCACAGAUUUGUGGGGUACCUUGAAGAAGAAGCUGUCAGUACUUAUACCCAUUUGGUACAUGAGUUAGAGACCCCAGGAAAAUUAACUGGGUUUAACGAUAUGAAGAUCCCCGAAAUCGCUGUUCAAUAUUGGCCAGAAUUGACUGAAAACUCUUCAUUUAAAGAUUUGAUUCUUAGAAUUAGAGCCGAUGAAGCUAAACAUAGAGAAGUCAAUCACACAUUAGCUAAUUUAAAUCAAAAGUCGGAUAGAAACCCAUUUGCCAUGCAAAUUGAAGAUUAUGAUAAGCCUCAACCAAAUUACGGUUUAAAAGUAACUAAAGGUACUGGAUGGGAACGUGAAGAUUUAAAGCUUUAGUCGCCAGCCGAUAUUUAUGUAAUGUGUUUAUGAAUGAAUAUAUGAAUGUGUAUAUAGCAACAAUAAUAUGAACGAGAUCUUAUUACAGU